CUUGUUAAACCAUAUAAUAUCAAGGAACACGGUUAAGAAUUUAGGUUGUCAAUGCAGGUCAGGGCUUCUCAUCGUGUUUUGAUUCGUAUGGUUUGUUUCCAGGAAUAGAAAUCAGUGAGGAGCAAAAGAAGCAGUCGAUUGCGAACGCCAGAAGAGCAAAACAGGGCAAAAUGCACACUGUGGGCUACUCCGGCUCCGUGCCCCCGCACCACCAAAACCUCCACCCUCUCCACCAGCGACACGUGACCAUCCCCACCAGCGUCCCCCAGCAGCAGGUGUUCGCCCUGGCCGAGCCACCCAAGCGAAAGCCAUACCAGCUACUCUACAGCAUCACCCGCAGCACCUUUUUCAGGAAGUGAACCAGAUAUCCGUCCAUUCCUUUGAAUGUACUCGUUUGUGUGUGUUUUGUAACAUGUUGUUGACUGUGCCUUGGAUGAAGAAGGGGCGACUAGUGUUAAAAUACCGACUGUUUUGUUCUGGUACCCCUCAACUGUGUCUCUGUGACAAUGAUGCCUCAUCUGCUUUUAUGUUGACUCGUAUUUUAUUUCACAAAGGCUGGACCCUUUUUUUUUUGUUGUUGUUUUUAUUUGGACUUCUGCUGCUGAACACCCUGUCUGUGAAUAACAUUGUAAAUAAAACUCUUGUAUUGAAAGACACGGUUCCAGGCUCUCUCCCUGGGGUAGACAUUUUGUGCCAAACGGAGUCUGUAAUGACGGUAACGCGAUACGUGCGUUCUUCCUGACGCCUCGGCUCUUGUUUCACAUGCCGACUGAAUGUGCAGCGUGCUGGAUCUUGCUCUUUUUCCCGACUGAAAAUUGAUCUUUCAAAAAGAAAACUGGAAAUGAGGAGAUAAAGUGGCCUUCAAUGGGGAUGCCCAUGUCAUGGGCCCAGAGCGCAAGGAGAGCGGAGAUGUCGACGCAUCUCAACAGGAUGCUGUCAGUUUCACUGACAUAUCGGUUGAGGUCUCCACCGUGGACCACACGCUGCAGAAACUCUGCAGAAUGUACAGGAAGACGAGGCGGAAGCCCAAAGGUCUGUCCAGGCUGUGGGCUUACCUGCUGAGCAUUCGGCAUCUGGCGGUCAUCAUCACGGCUGUGGUCUUUGUGCUAGUGGUUGUCCUGUGGUCGCUGCUCUGGGUCUUCAUAUUUCGACGCGAGGGCAACAGUGUCGUGUACUUUGCUGGGAUGUUCCGCGUGGCUAAUGUGGAGUUCAUCCCGGAGUACCGCCAGGCCGGAUCCCACGAGUUUGUCUCCAUGGCGACCAGAAUACAGCAUGUGGUAAGCGACGUGUACAAGAUGUCCUCAGUGACUCGCCUGUACAAGCACGCCAUCAUUUCAGACCUCAGUACCAACAACAAGGGAGGCGUGCUGGUGCACUUUUGGAUGGUGUUUGAAGUCCCUCGCCUGAAGAGCGCGGCGGUGUGCGAGGAAUGCGUAGCCGUCAUCCUCCGGGACUCGGUUCACACCAGCCUGAAGAACCGCUCAUCGGUGGGCUACCUCCUGGACCUCCCUGUAGACAUCGACUCCAUCCUCGUCAAUGCUGUCCGACGCUCGGAUUACACCUCCAAUGCAGCAGGAUCCCAGUGUAUAGACAAACUUUACGCCAGCCUUCCCGGUGCGAGGGUCCCUCUGAAUGUCUUUUCAUCAUGGGGUGGUGUGCGGUGCCACGUGAAGCUCACCGCCGUGCCCGGUUUUCUCAUCCGGCUGACCGUCGCCUCCUUCCAAAUCGAGCCCAGUGACUGCGUCCAUGAUGCCCUGACUGUGUACGACGCUCUUCUGCCCAUGAGGGGGCGAGUUCUCCACAGGCUGUGCGCGCCUUUGUCCAGCUCCAUCUCCCUCGUGUCCACCUCCAACGUCAUGCUGCUGUCCUUCACCAUGUCCAGCGGAACCAAGAGCUUCAGAGGACACUUUGAGGCCAUCGCAGAAGAGUUGUGCGUUUCUCGCGUCGCGUCAAAACCGCAUGCGACAGGCCAGGUCUACAGCCCCUUCCACCCAAGCCUUAUGCCCCCCCACUGCUCUUGCACGUGGAUCUUCCAGACUCCUGACGCCGCGUUGGGGGUUGCUCUGCAGCUUCAAAAUUAUGUGCUGAAACCAAAGGACAUGAAGGGGUGUGAGCAUGGAUGGUGGAGGGUCAACGAAGUGAUUUACUGCGGUAGCUACGUGGGAUACGAGAGCAUAUUUCGCAUCGCAGAGUGCACCGCCAAGGUGGAAUUUCGCUGCACCUCCCGAAGCGCCACGCAACCUUUCCAUGUGACGUACAGCAGCUACAACAUCAGCCAACCCUGUCCGGAAAGUCACUUCCUGUGCUCCACCGGACUCUGCGUGGAGAAAAGUCGACGCUGCGACGGGCUGGACGACUGCCAGGACGAGAGCGACGAGGUCUUCUGCUCGAGGCCCACCAAAAACUGUGGCGGCAGCAGCCCUUUGCAUCCUCUGUUUGCCUGCAACGGUGAGACGGACUGCGCCAACGGAUUGGAUGAAACCAACUGCACACAGGAAACAAGCUGCUCAGCCGUCAGCUAUCAUUGCAACAGCGGCACGUGCAUCCGGAAAAAGAACGCCAGGUGUGAUGACAUCGCUGACUGUCAGGACGACAGCGACGAACUCGACUGUGCUUGUGGGCUCCCCAACCACCCGGUGGCCCACCGCAUUGUCGGCGGGACCGACUCCGAGGAGGGCGAGUGGCCUUGGCAGGUCAGCCUGCACUUCUCGGGUCACCUGAUCUGCGGCGCCUCCCUGCUCUCAUCCGAUUGGCUCGUUUCAGCGGCGCACUGCUUCAGCAAAGACAGGCUGUCGGACCCGCGCCGCUGGCGGGCCCACUUGGGCGCGCUGACGCAGGGUUCCGCUGGGCACGUGGCGGAGAUCCAACGCAUCGUGGUGCACGAGUACUACGAUGCCCGCACGCUAGACUACGACGUGGCCCUGUUGCGCCUCAAGAGGGCGUGGCCGCCCUCCCUGGGCCCACUGGUGCAGCCCGUGUGCUUGCCCGCCGCUUCACAUGCCGUCACCGCCCGACACCGCUGCUGGGUGACAGGCUGGGGACAUCGCUUUGAAGAGGAUAAGUCGCUGCCAUCUGUGCUGCAGAAAGCCCAGGUGUCCGUCAUGAGCCAGACUGAGUGCAAGAAGACUUACGGCCCAGUGUCGCCGCGCAUGCUGUGCGCAGGGGUCCCGUCGGGGGAGCGCGACGCCUGCAGGGGGGAUUCAGGCGGGCCGCUAUCCUGUCAGGCGCCAGGCGGGGGCCGCUGGUUCCUGAUCGGUAUUGUUAGCUGGGGUGCGGGCUGCGGCAGACCUGGCCUGCCCGGUGUCUAUGUCAGGGUCAGCAAGUUCACGUCGUGGAUCUACGGCCACAUCGGCUGACAGCCCCCGCUCAUU